GUGCUCUUGCGUGUUCCGGUGGCGGCAGGACUUUAGGAUUUGUAUGAGCUCAGCUGACAGUGUAGAUAUUAAACGUCCUACUCGGCGGUGUCUCCCUUUACACUAAAUAAUCGUAACGACAAAAGAGGAGGAUGUCCGAGGCCACAAAUAAUCCUUUUCAACAUUUAGUGGAGCCAUUAGAACCUACACAACCAGACCAAUGCUUUUUUAAUCUGACCAAACUUGGAGAUCCCAGAUACGACCGCCUACCCUUCUCCAUCCGUGUGCUGCUGGAGUCUGCGGUGAGGAACUGCGAUGAGUUCCUGGUCAAAAGCUCAGAUGUGGAGAGCAUCCUCAACUGGAAGGAGACACAGACACAGACUGUGGAGGUGCCAUUCAGACCAGCACGGGUUAUCUUACAGGACUUCACAGGUGUCCCGGCAGUGGUGGACUUUGCUGCCAUGCGUGACGCGGUGAUGAAACUCGGGGGAGAUCCAGAGAAGAUCAACCCAGUGUGUCCGGCCGACCUGGUCAUUGAUCAUUCCAUUCAGGUGGAUUUUAACAGGAAGUCUGACAGCCUUCAGAAAAAUCAAGAUUUGGAGUUUGACCGUAACAAAGAAAGAUUCCAGUUUUUAAAAUGGGGCUCUAAAGCAUUCAGAAACAUGCGCAUCAUUCCUCCAGGGUCAGGUAUAGUCCACCAGGUGAACCUCGAGUACCUGGCCCGAGUUGUAUUCAACUACGAAGGCUUUCUGUACCCGGACAGUCUGGUGGGCACAGACUCUCACACCACCAUGAUAGACGGCCUGGGUGUCCUGGGCUGGGGUGUUGGUGGCAUAGAAGCUGAGGCUGUAAUGCUAGGCCAGCCCAUCAGCAUGGUCUUGCCUGAGGUGGUGGGGUACAAGCUGUUUGGGACCCCCGAUAAACUCAUCACCUCCACCGACAUUGUUCUCACAGUUACAAAGCACCUCCGUCAGGUUGGAGUAGUGGGUAAGUUUGUGGAGUUCUUCGGGCCUGGUGUUGCUCAGUUGUCUAUUGCAGACAGAGCUACUAUCGCUAACAUGUGCCCUGAGUAUGGAGCCACUGCAGCCUUCUUCCCUGUGGAUGAGGUCAGCAUGCAGUACCUCAAACAGACAGGUCGUGAGGAGGAGAAGUUGAAUUAUAUUACUAAGUACCUGAAGGCUGUGUCCAUGUUUAGAGACUACACAGAUGUCUCCCAGGAUCCUGACUUUACUCAAAUUGUAGAGUUGGAUCUAUCUCAAGUAGUCCCCUGCUGCAGUGGGCCUAAAAGACCUCAGGACAGAAUCCCAGUCUCAGAAAUGAAAAGUGACUUUGAGAGCUGUCUGGGAGCAAAGCAAGGCUUCAAGGGCUUCCAGAUAGACCCCAAGAGUCACAACAGCAUGGUGCCCUUUGAGUUCAAUGGGACCAAGUAUGAACUGAGCCAUGGCUCUGUGGUGAUUGCUGCUAUCACCAGCUGCACCAACACUAGCAACCCCUCCGUCAUGCUCGGGGCAGGCCUCCUGGCCAAAAAGGCGAUAGAACAUGGCCUCAGUGUGAAGCCCUACAUUAAGACCAGCCUGUCCCCGGGCAGUGGAGUGGUCACCUAUUACCUGAAGGAAAGUGGCGUCAUGGACUACCUCUCAAAGCUGGGAUUUGAGGUAGUCGGUUAUGGUUGUAUGACCUGCAUAGGAAACAGUGGACCUCUACCUGAACCGGUGGUAGAGGCUAUUACACAGGGUGACCUGGUAGCAGCUGGUGUCCUCUCUGGGAACAGGAACUUUGAGGGGCGAGUUCACCCAAACACCAGAGCCAACUACCUGGCCUCUCCUCCUCUCGUCAUCGCUUAUGCAAUCGCUGGGACAGUCAGGAUAGACUUUGAGACGCAGCCCAUUACCAUUAACAAUGAAGGCAAGGAAGUUUAUUUACGAGACAUCUGGCCGACCCGAGAGGAGAUCCAGGCUGUGGAGAGAACCUAUGUCAUCCCAUCCAUGUUUAAGGAGGUCUAUGAGAAGAUUGAGAAAGUGAAUGAGCGCUGGAAUGCUCUGGUGGCUCCCUCCGAUAAGCUCUACACCUGGGACCCCAAAUCCACCUACAUCAAGUCUCCUCCAUUCUUUGAGGGUUUGACUAUGGAGCUGCAGCCACCCAGGUCCAUCAUAAAUGCCUAUGUCUUGUUGAACUUUGGAGAUUCUGUGACCACCGACCACAUCUCUCCUGCAGGAAACAUUGCCAGGAACAGCUCCGCAGCACGGUUCCUCACCAACAGAGGACUGACCCCACGUGAAUUCAACUCGUACGGCUCCAGACGAGGGAACGACGCAAUCAUGGCCCGAGGGACCUUUGCCAACAUCCGACUUUUUAACAAAUUCCUCAACAAACAAGCUCCACAGACCAUCCACUUGCCCACCGGAGAGACUAUGGAUGUGUUUGACGCUGCUGAAAGAUAUCAACAGUCCGGAGUACCUCUUCUAGUUUUAGCAGGAAAGGAGUAUGGAUCGGGUAGUUCAAGAGACUGGGCAGCUAAGGGGCCAUUUUUACUGGGUAUCAAGGCAGUUCUAGCAGAGAGUUACGAGCGCAUCCAUCGCAGUAACCUGGUGGGUAUGGGGGUCAUCCCCCUGGAGUACCUGCCCGGGGACACAGCUGAUACCCUGGGUCUCACUGGGAGGGAGAGGUACACUGUGAUCAUUCCAGACAAGCUAACACCCAGAAUGAAGAUCGGUAUCAAGCUGGACACAGGUAAAACAUUCCAAGUUCUGAUGAGGUUCGACACGGACGUUGAAUUAGCGUAUUUCCAUCACGGAGGAAUUCUCAACUACAUGAUUCGCAAGAUGUCCCAAAACUAACCAUGGAAAGAUUUGUAUUUGUUUUCCAUGAUUCCAGUAUGUAGAUUUACUGAAAUUCUGAUGUUAGAGGAAGCUGCUACGCACACAUGAUAACUUUAUUAGAGUACUCUAUGUCAAGUCAUAAAAGCCAUAGUCGACACUGCAAAAAAACUGCUAACUACACACAUUUCAGAUGGCAUUAAUUCAGUAUAUUAAUCUGGUCUUUGGAUUUAUUUAAUUUGUUGCUUUAGAUUUUUUUUUUUUUUACUAGUUUCAACAAUUUUCAGUCAUAUGGUCAGCAAAAUUGAAUCUAAAUGGCCUAAUUAAAGAUUUAUUUUGUAAGUUGUCUGGUGGGGGGUCUGCCUUUUGCUUGUCUAUAUAGAUCUACUAUUGCUUAUCCCAAAAUGUUCCACAAUACGACAUUACGACGUUAUGACAAGCAAGUGACAGCACUGGACCAAGUUACUUGCCAGAAUACAUGUUUUCCAAGUUUUUUCACCCAUAAUUAAAUUGAUGCAAGUUUACUGUCAUAGUAUGAAAGCAAUAACUUCUCCAUAGUGAUGAGCAGGAGGCAGACUCUCCACAAGAAAAGUUACAUAGCGCGCCUUUAAAUGAAUCAACUAAAGAUCUCUGAAAGCAGUGAUAGUAUUCUUCAUGCCAGUGUUUUAAAUAUGUGUAGAUAUUCACUUUUUGCAGUGUCUAAAACUAGGGACUGCUUUAUGUUGAUGUGUCUUUGGUUUAGACAUGCACUACUUUGACAGGCUUAAUAGGCCUGUGUUAUGCUAUGCUAAUUUGCAGUGAUGCUCUUACAAUGCACACGUUCUAUUUUUGUCAUGGUAACCACAGCCAAGCACUUCAUGUCCAUAUUGUUUGUCCAUGUCUGAAAUCAUACAUCUUAACUUAAUUGUUCAUUGUGACUGGUUGCCUUAAUAAAUGGUUUGGUGGAGUUGAACUGAACAAGCUUAAAUAAACAAAUGAUUUAUCUUUCA